AUGAGCUCAGACGAUAUUCCUACUCUAGCCGAACUUCAUGCAAUCCAAGCUACGUUGCAUCCUAAGAAACAAGCACCGAAAAUUGUGGACAGAGCAAUUAGCAUUGAUGAUUAUUCUGGAAAAAAUGAAAAACCUGCAAACGCCUAUUUGCGAUGGAAUCUACUUUUCACAUUUCUUAUAUUCUUAUUCAUUUCUUCGCCGAUUUGGAUUCCAACAAUUCCAGCAUUGAAUGAUUUCGCAUUAGAAAUUGUCAUUAUCUUCACGAUUGUCAUUCAUUGUCAAUGGAUAAUUGCAUUAUUCAAUAACCUUCGGUAUACAUACCGAUUGAGGAAAUACGCCUCCCACAAAAUUGAGUUGGACAAGAUACCAAAUGAAUCUGGAAUUGUUGUGAAGCAUUUAGUUGGAAUUUGCGUUUAUAAUGAGCCACCCGAACUUUUAAAAGACACCAUUGACAGUAUUGCAUGUCAGCCAAAUGCAAAAUCAAAAAUCACUGUUUUAAUCGGUAUGGAGGAAGGGACUCCCAAUAAGGAAGAGAAAAAAGCAAUGCUACAUGCAAAGUAUGAUUCGAAAUUUGAAAGAUUUAUCGUCACAUUCCAUCCCCGUGGACUCCCUGGUGAUAUUCCUGGAAAAUGCUCAAACUUCAAUUAUGCCUCUCGCUAUGCCGUUCAGCUUCUUCGGAAGGACAAGGAUUAUCCACUUGGGAAAACAGGAAAUAAUGUAGAGCUGCUGGUCACCACUGGCGAUUGUGAUUCCAUAUUUGGAGAUCGAUAUUUCGAUGCACUUGAAGAAGAUUACUUCAAGUUAACUCCAAAGCAACGAACCUAUACUGUUUGGCAGUCUCCUCUUUUCUACUGUAUCAAUCUUGACAAAUCUCCAUUUUUCGUUAGAGUCACGGGAUUGAUGAGAUCGUUCUUCAUGAUGGGAUUCUUGAUCCCGUGGAAUAUCAAUACAAUGAGCAUUUUCUCUCUGACAUUAAAGCUUUUCGAAGACGGAGAAUACACACAUCCAGGGUAUCAAAUGGACGACAUCAUUGCUCUUAUUCGCUGGUCCCUUGCUGUUCGGAAGAAGUGUGUGAUUCGGAUGAUCCCGGUAGCAACACUUAGUGGGCCGACAAGUGGAAAGAAUUAUGUUGAUGAAUGGUAUGAAUGGGCGAGACAGAUCAGGCGGUGGACAAUUGGAGCAGCAGAAGUGUUUCAUUAUUUUGCCAUCAAAGCCUUCAGACUCCCAAUAGGAGUUUCCAUUUCAUUUGCAUUCAAAUUCGUCUUUUAUUACGGAUUUCUUCUCUGCAUUGCUUCGGUCUACGGAAUCGUUGCACCUCUUGUGACUCCCGCAAUGCUGAAUGCGGUUGAUCAUGGUGCUCAUGGACUUGUUGUUCCAAAUAACAAGUGUUUCACCAUCAUCAUGUUCAGUUUCCUCGGUCUGCAAUACCUUUUCUUCGCUGCAGUCGUUGCCAUCAACUAUCUAUGUCAGCCAGUUUUCCCACGACAAACCAAAGACGAAACCGGGAUAAUUCGAAAUGUUUUCCACUGGAUUAUGAUGUGGCCAACAUUGGUCAUGUACUGUUGCGUUGAGCUUGUUGCAUUCCUUGAGGUGACGAUAAGAGGAAAGUCAGUUUGUUCUCACAACGCAUCGAAAAAAGACAACCUUAAUUCAAAUAAGGAACUCGAGUCUUCUGCGCUAUCGGAAGUGCCACAACGAUCCGAACGGUCAAAUAUGAAAGCGCGAAUGCCGACUAAUCCGGAUCCCGCAUUGCAUUCUCCGGAUGACCCACCACCGGAAUUUGAGUAA